AUGAAAUCAUAAUAUGAUUACUCUAAUGUUUUAUUCGAAUGCAUAUUGGUUCGCAAACAUUUCAUUUGUGAUGUGAAGUAUUAUUGCUAUGUUCUAAAUGACUACAUGUUAAUGAGUAGAGUAAGUUAUGUUGAUUAUGUAAGAAAACAAAGGAUCUCGCUCCAAAAUAUGUUUUACCAUUAUAGUUGACAAAUCAAGUAGGAUGGAUUGUGGAAAGGAAAGAUAAGAAAAUUCAAUUUAAGGCUUUCACGAUCAAGUACAUGGAGAAAUAUAAAGACUUUGUGGGAAGUAGCAAUGACUUGUAGAAGUAAUGGAAAUAAAAUUAAGUAGACUGAAGGAACAUCUUAGAAAUAAAGUGACAUUCUACAAGAUUGCUGAUUUCUAUGAAGCACAGUACAAUUUAGGAAAGGGGAGUUCAGCAAAGGUUAUCUAAAUAAAAGAGUUAGGAAAUGAAUAAUCAAAAUUGGCAGCAAAAGCGAUAGAUAAAAGUUAUCUAUAGAAAAGUGAAUCAGGGAUGCAGGCAUUUUUAAAUGAGGUCAACAUCCUAAGUCACUUAAGUAAAUAAAAUGAUUGCACUUCCUUCAUCAAAUUAUAUGAGACAUAUGAAGGGGAUCAUACAUUUUAUCUCAUUUUAGAUUUAAUGUAGGGACGAACCUUAGCAGAUGAAUUGGAUAUCUUAAAAGUAAAAGAAAUUAUAAACUAUUAGCAAAGAAAGGAGAUGUUUCCAAUGAAAUUGGUUAAAGUUAUUAUGAAACAAUUGCUAUAAGGCGUUAAGAUACUUCAUGAUAAUAAUAUCAUUCAUAGAGAUUUGAAGCCAGAUAAUAUUAUGUUUCGAGAAUUAGAUUCAUAUGAAACUCUAACCAUUGUGGAUUUUGGAUUAUCAACCUUUAUUGAUGUUCCUAAGUAUUAAUUUCCAAAAUGUGGUACUCCUGGAUAUGUCGCACCUGAAAUUUUGAAUUUAGUUGAUAGACAAUAAAAAUAUGAUAAAGUGUGUGAUAUCUUUAGUUGUGGUUGUAUAUUUUAUAAGUUACUCUUUGGCCAUAGUUUGUUUAUGGGUAAUACUUUCAAUGAAGUAUUGGGACAAAAUAAAAAGUGUAAUUAUACACUUGAUGGAUCUGAAAUGAAUUCAAUUCCUUAUGAGGCCUAAGAAUUACUCAAACGGAUGCUUGCAAAGAAUCCUUCUGAAAGAAUCACAGCUUAAUAAGCUUUAGAAUCCGAUUUCUUUAACAAACCUUCAUCUCCCUUAUAAUCAAAGAGUAUAUUUAUGUAUUUAAUUAGAGCUCAAAACAUUUAAUGUAUCCAAUAUUAGUAGUAGGAAUAUAUUCCAACCUACAAUAGAGGGAUUAUUAUCAGAAGCUGAAUCUCCAUUUUAGAGAAUAAGUUAGAAAUGUAAAAAUUAAUUCGAUUUUGAUGUUGACAUUUAAGAAAAUAAAUGUUCUUCUAUUUAAAUUAGAUAAUUACCAUCUGUUAAAAAACCUACUUGUGUUAGAUUGGAGGAUUCAACUAUUGGUAGUUUUUAUGCUAAAGAUCCGUUAAGUAGUUUUAAGAAACUCAAAGGAAGUAUAUUGUUUAUGUUUAUUAUAAGCAUCUCAAAAAUAAUUAAAUGAGACAAAAGAAAUAAAGGUUAAUCAAUUCGAUAUUGAUUAAAUGCAAAGAAUCUCAUUAUUUAACAGAAAAGAAGAUUAUUGA